UUAUUAUAGCUAAAAUGAAUGGAAUUUGUUAUCAAAUAAAAAGAAACAAUAAGAUCAGUUUUGAAACAUUUACUGCAUAUCAAUACGAAUGUCACUGACCCACUUUUACAAAUAUGGAAACCUCAUAGCACAAACCAGAUGACAUCACUAUUGAACGUGAUGUCACCUAUCCCUAUCCUAUGACAUCACCUAACAACGGGCGUGAUAAUUAUCAAGGGCAUUAUCAAGUUACAGUGGCCCGCUCAUUUCUGAUAACAUGCGGGCGGUUUAGUGAUAAUUCUAUCCAUUUUAGCUAUAAGGUGUAUUAGUAUUUGAAGGAGGUCACCAAUUACAGUACCAGUAAUUUAUGGAAUUUUAUGAAUAUCUAAAAUAAAAGUUCCCCUGAUAAAUCUUUUUAUCAAUACUUUUCUUCUCAGUACAUUAUAUCCAGCUAGAUUGGAGAUCAGACAUGUUACUGUGUUGUGUUGCUGGAUGAUUGUGGCCAUGUAUUGAAUCAGAGUGUAUGGAAGAUACCUGCACCUGUUGAAAGGAGCGUUCUACUUAGCCUUGAAGCUUGCUAGUAUCUGUAGCAUACAACAUCUACCACAGCCAGUGCACCAAGCACACUGAAACUACAGCUAAUAGCUUGUAUUCAUAUUUUAGUGUAACAAAAGCAAUUUUAGUUAUUGCUCCGAAGAGAAAUAGAAUGGGAAAACAGACCGAAGCACACUACUAAGUGAAUGAAGACAAAAUAGUGACUUAUGUCAACAACUACCGUGUCGCUGUAAUAAACGCCCAGAGCAAACAAUUCUGCACAUCUGUAUGUACAAAAGAGAAAGCAGUUUGCACUAGUAGCUGAGUAUCCUAUUCAUACAUUCAAAUAUGAAGUCAAUCACCUGAAGUAUGGAAUUUCUCACACUGAAAUGUGUAUGCAAGCUAUGGUUUGACAGUCUAUGGAAAUUGGCUCACUAAGUUAGUAUUAUUUCUGUAUUUGUGAUCAAGGUUAGGAAGUCUUUGUUGGAGGGAGUCUUUUCGAAAAUAAUACAAAUCAAUAAAUAUGGACCAAACAUUUGCUUUUGAGAAAAUCUGUAUGAAUGGGGUUUGUUUCUGAAUGGCUGUAUUGUUUGAUGUGUCCCUGCACAAAUCCUAUGAUUGUAGAAAAUGGCAAACGAUCCCAACUUGAAAGAAAUUGCUUUGUGAUUAUCUAUGUUGGUGUGCUUUUCUUUUGCAUGAUCACUGCAAUGUGAUGAACCUGAUCUAUUCUCCGACAGAAGUGAAUGCUUCUUGUGUAUUUUGGAAAAUAAAUCUAAAUAAAAAUACAAACCAAAGUGUUCCCAAUAAGCCCAUUAUCAGUUGAACACAGAAAUGACUUGUAGAAAAUGUUUUUUUUUGCAAAUUGAAUGCAGAUUUGUGUUAAGCUCAAUACUUAGAAAUUGGUGUGGACAAAGUCAAAAACAAAAGUGUCUCUUGCAUGCCUUAAAUUUGGUAGAUAUUGGUGUACUCAUGUUUACAAGUGUGGUUGGAAGCAUUGGUAACAGGUGUUUACUGCAAUGCCACUGUUAAAACGUUGCUGUCUUUGGCUGCCCGUGCCUGGUUGUGAGUUCCCAGAUCCGCUCUUUUUAUGAGACAUGGUUACUCAGUAGCUGAGUAGCUUAUCUGUCACUAUAUGGCUGAAAUAUUGCAGAUGUGACUUUAAAUAUUAACUCACUCACUCAGUAGCCUAUCCAUUCCAGAAAUGGGAUAAAAGCAUACGACCUGCUUAAGUCUGUGUCUUCCUCCUUGGUAUAAUGUAAUCUCUGAUAAGGCAUUGACAAAAAGAUUAAUACUCUUAAAGCAACCAAAUCCCUUCAGUCAUUUAUGAACAGACGAGAGGGAACAAUGAUGUUGAAAGUUGUUUCUUAACGCGGAGACAACUGUGAUCCUGUGAACCAGAUAAGGACAUGUGACAGCCAAUUCCUAGUUUGUCAGUCAAUAUUUAACAUUUUCAGAAGUUUGUAUACAUUCUACUUGUAAGGACAAGUCAAAUGACACAUUUUCUUGUGACAGUAUAGGUAUAUAGGAAAGACAUGUUUUCUGAAUAUUGCACAGUGACACUGAGGCGACAAAGAGGGGUUUAAUUAGCAUCUAUAUUAACCUUCACACAUAUAUUUGUAUGUAUCCCAUUUCAUGAGCCCAUAUGAACUUGGUAUCUGUGUAAUCUUGUAACAUUACUGGACUAGGUGGCAGAUCUAUAUGUGUUGGUAUAUAAUUAAGAAUGUAUAGAACAUAUGUGUGUUAUUUACUAACAUGACUUAGCUGAUCAUUACAUCCUAUCUACACUUCAGUCCAGUCAAAAGUUUCUUUCAAUACAAAUCUGUAAUAUAUCUGAACAUUCUGUUAGAGUUUGGAGCACUGGAUUUGAUUCUCAUAUUCAGUCAACUCAAUUAAAUUCAGACUUUCAAGUCAAUAGGGUAACUUGGUAUCUGUACAUAACCAAUCUCAUUAAAAUCAGAUCUUAGUUCUCGUUAUACCGCUAAACAAAGAUCUGAGGACAUCCCAUUACGGGUCACGUCAGACCAACCUUAUGGAACUUUGACCGACCAAUGGAAUGACCAAUCAGGAGGAAGCUUUCUCGUGCUUUACGGCACUAAUUUCAAAUUGGCGACUACGCUUCGAAACCUAUUUUGACAAAUUCCCGAUUACAAAUUUGAGAGCUAAACAAAAGAAGAUUCUGGAAUGGCUUAUAGAUGGUCUAGAUUGUAUGGAUUCAGUCGUUAAACCUGUAACCAUCGUUUAGAAUACCCUGUGUUAAAGUUUUCGAAAUUGCAUGAUUAGAAUCAGAUCUUUGUUUAGCGGAAGCGAAAACUGGGGUCUGAUUUUAAUGAGAUUGGUACAUAACAUUUGUGUGGUAGGAAUCUCUUACAUUUCUUCAGAACAUAGCCUUGCAUAACCAGUUCCUGUGGUAUGACAAAUAUGAUGCUACAAGUAAUCAGCACUUCAGUUGUCAUCCCUUGAACUGUAUCUGAACUAUCCACUGUCUUCUCACCUGUAAAGUGCCUCUAGUGAGUCCUAAAGCAUAUCAAAUACCACAACAAUAGGGUUGCCACGGAAAUGGGUGAAGAGAGAUACUGAUAUUCUGUCCUCUGUAUCACUUGGUCUAUAAAAGUUUAUCCUUUGAGGUUUGGGUGAAAACAAACAUUUCAAUGAAAUGAAAAGUUAAAAAAAGAACUUCCUAUUUUUGAAAACAUUUCAUUUGUACUUGAUGUACUCAUGAUGUCAGUGUAGCUGGAUUAAUAUCAUUCCCUGGAAACAUUUCUUGCGUAGUGUUUAGUAAAAUAAAUAUAUGCUUUGAUAAAUAUAUCCUUUAAAUCUCAGAUAUAUAAUUAUGUCCAUGAUUUUACAAGUUACGUGAUAUGUCUCAGCACAGCAUAAGUUUCGGCUGUGAUGAAAGAAUGAGUAAUGUUGCUUAUGAAUUAACUGAUCUGAUGUGGUGCUUGCUUAUCUAUCCUUGUAUAUAAUAUUUAUUUUUAUUAUUUUAAAUAUAUUUGUCAAUAGAACAUAUUGUACAGCAAAUCCUCAAUAUUUUGGUUGUACUGUCAUCAUCCCAUCCUUACGACGGACAGUUUAAAUGUUUUGCUUCAUCUUUCCUCUGGUAAUUGAAUCCCCAAUGUUUCUCGGAAAAGUGAGUGAGCACAGAAUGUGUUUGUUUUCAUGGGUGUACACCCUUCUCAGAGGAGACAAGGGACCCUGUGUACACCCUUCUCAGAGGAAACAAGGGACCCUGUGUACACCCUUCUCAGGGGAAACAAGGGACCCUGUGUACACCCUUCUCAGAGGGAACAAGGGACCCUGUGUACACCCUUCUCAGAGGAGACAAGGGACCCUGUGUACACCCUUCUCAGAGGAGACAAGGGACCCUGUGUACACCCUUCUCAGAGGAAACAAGGGACCCUGUGUACACCCUUCUCAGAGGAGACAAGGGACCCUGUGUACACCCUUCUCAGAGGAGACAAGGGACCCUGUGUACACCCUUCUCAGAGGAGACAAGGGACCCUGUGUACACCCUUCUCAGAGGAAACAAGGGUCCCUGUGUACACCCUUCUCAGAGGAGACAAGGGACCCUGUGUACACCCUUCUCAGAGGAGACAAGGGACCCUGUGUACACCCUUCUCAGAGGAGACAAGGGACCCUGUGUACACCCUUCUCAGAGGAGACAAGGUACCCUGUGUACACCCUUCUCAGAGGAGACAAGGGACCCUAUGUACACCCUUCUCAGAGGGAACAAGGGACCCUGUGUACACCCUUCUCAGAGGGGAAAAGGGACCCUGUGUACACCCUUCUCAGAGGAGACAAGGGACCCUGUGUACACCCUUCUCAGAGGAGACAAGGGACCCUGUGUACACCCUUCUCAGAGGGAACAAGGGACCCUGUGUACACCCUUCUCAGGGGAAACAAGGGACCCUGUGUACACCCUUCUCAGAGGAGACAAGGGACCCUGUGUACACCCUUCUCAGAGGAAACAAGGGACCCUGUGUACACCCUUCUCAGAGGAGACAAGGGACCCUGUGUACACCCUUCUCAGAGGAGACAAGGGACCCUGUGUACACCCUUCUCAGAGGAGACAAGGUACCCUGUGUACACCCUUCUCAGAGGAGACAAGGGACCCUAUGUACACCCUUCUCAGAGGGAACAAGGGACCCUGUGUACACCCUUCUCAGAGGGGAAAAGGGACCCUGUGUACACCCUUCUCAGAGGAGACAAGGGACCCUGUGUACACCCUUCUCAGAGGAGACAAGGGACCCUGUGUACACCCUUCUCAGAGGGAACAAGGGACCCUGUGUACACCCUUCUCAGGGGAAACAAGGGACCCUGUGUACACCCUUCUCAGAGGAGACAAGGGACCCUGUGUACACCCUUCUCAGAGGAAACAAGGGACCCUGUGUACACCCUUCUCAGAGGAGACAAGGGACCCUGUGUACACCCUUCUCAGAGGAAACAAGGGACCCUGUGUACACCCUUCUCAGGGGGAACAAGGGACCCUGUGUACACCCUUCUCAGGGGAAACAAGGGACCCUGUGUACACCCUUCUCAGAGGAGACAAGGGACCCUGUGUACACCCUUCUCAGGGGAAACAAGGGACCCUGUGUACACCCUUCUCAGAGGGAACAAGGUACCCUGUGUACACCCUUCUCAGAGGAAACAAGGGACCCUGUGUACACCUUCUCAGAGGAAACAAGGGACCCUGUGUACACCCUUCUCAGGGGAAACAAGGGACCCUGUGUACACCCUUCUCAGAGGAGACAAGGGACCCUGUGUACACCCUUCUCAGAUGAAACAAGGGACCCUGUGUACACCCUUCUCAGAGGAGACAAGGGACCCUGUGUACACCCUUCUCAGAGGAGACAAGGGACCCUGUGUACACCUUCUCAGAGGAAACAAGGGACCCUGUGUACACCCUUCUCAGGGGAAACAAGGGACCCUGUGUACACCCUUCACAGAGGAGACAAGGGACCCUGUGUACACCCUUCUCAGAGGAAACAAGGGACCCUGUGUACACCCUUCUCAGAGGAGACUAGGGACCCUGUGUACACCCUUCUCAGAGGAGACAAGGGACCCUGUGUACACCCUUCUCAGAGGAGACAAGGGACCCUGUGUACACCCUUCUCAGAGGAGACAAGGGACCCUGUGUACACCUUCUCAGAGGAAACAAGGGACCCUGUGUACACCCUUCUCAGGGGAAACAAGGGACCCUGUGUACACCCUUCACAGAGGAGACAAGGGACCCUGUGUACACCCUUCUCAGAGGAAACAAGGGACCCUGUGUACACCCUUCUCAGAGGAGACAAGGGACCCUGUGUACACCCUUCUCAGAGGAGACAAGGGACCCUGUGUACACCCUUCUCAGAGGAGACAAGGGACCCUGUGUACACCCUUCUCAGAGGAGACAAGGGACCCUGUGUACACCCUUCUCAGAGGAAACAAGGGUCCCUGUGUACACCAUUCUCAGAGGAGACAAGGGACCCUGUGUAGACUGUAUUGAUCGUAUGUGUCUGACCCAUAUCAAUAGAACUUCUUGAAUUGUACUAAAAUAGGGAAAAUGUCGGACCAGCUGAAAAUAGUAGUUGUGGUUCUGAUUACCUGAUUUUAUUACUGUUUUGAUGCCAGCCCAAUUAGACUGAAUGUACACAGCAUUUUAUAUGAAUAACAGGAACAACUAAAGAUAUUCCAUUUAUCAGAAUCAAAACAUUUAUAGACUGACAAUUUUGUCGCUGUAGUCAGCAAUAAAUAGAUGAAUUAUGUUUUAAGAAGGUUUUACUUUACAAUGUAUUGAAAUGUUUUGAAUGACUAAUGAAUUUGGGUGACAGUAUGUCUAUAUGUGAACUGUUCCAGUGAGUUAUGAUGUAGGAUAAUAAUUCCCAUCCAAUACACAAUCAUGUAAAGAAAUUAUCAGUUGUAUUCCUGCUAGCAUCUACACUCCACUUACUAAAGGCAGGAUUUUGUGACCAGUGGGAGGGGUGUAAAACUCUCAGUUGUGGCUCUGCUAGUAGAGUGGAGUAGUUGACACUGUAUGGAGUGUGGGAGAACACCCAUGCAGUUCACACUGCUGCUACCCAAAUUCUGCCCCCCUGGAGACUUGGGGCCGUCUGCUACAUCACCCUUGGUGGGCUUCACUAAUGCAUCCUUGCCAAAAGAGGCUGCCUGUGAAAUGAUGAGCUGUCAUUGCUUUUGUUGGUAGAGCAGCAUGUCAGAUAGGAAGACCCAUCUGUUGGAAAAGCAACCAAUUUGCAAUGUAGAAUCAGGAUUCUUGUGAACAAAUAUUAUUAUUGCAUCAUUUGAUGUCAUGUUUUGUCAAAUCCCUUUGAUAAAGCAGAACAUUGUGUGUCCUGAAACAUCUGAACAUCAUUGCUCGUGUAUAUGCUAGGUGAGCAUGUAGUGAUAUGGUGCAAUACAGUAUUUCAUACCCCUGGUGUUUAGUUGUAUUCCUACGUGUGGCCAGAGACCCAACCCACAAUUGAAUAGAUUUGGUCUAUUAAACUGAAAUCUGUUUGACAACACUGGUUCAUGUCCUUUAAUAAAAUGUAAACUGUUUCUUGUGACAUUUGUUUUGUAGACUGUGGGUUUACAACACUGAGGCUGAAGGGACUUGUUACAGCCCUACUGUUUAAAACAAGUUCCAUUGUGCAACUGCUAGAAUUAGACUUCCAAUGUGUAAAUAAAGUUUUCAUGAGAUCA